AUGGUACCAAUUUGCAACGGAUAUCAACAUCCGCAGCAGCAUCAUCAACCGGCCACCAAUUGCGCACCCGGCAUUACUACCUCAUCCCCAACCGUUUUACCAUCAUUUAACGUUACAAGCCAUCUACCGACCGGACCUACUCAACUUCCAAAUAUCCCGGCAAAGGAAAUUGGAAAUACAAUCAUUCCUGGAAAUGAUUGUAAUCCGGGAAAUUAUUACCAGUCUAUGGUACCAUCACAAUCUACUUUUGGACAACAAUUAUUCAUCAAGAAUGAAAAUGGUUACGGAUCACGCAGUGCCACUUUUGCGCCUGAUAUGUAUUUUGCUCCUGAAACUCAAUUCAUGCAAAAUUCAUGUUUAUUCAGUUCUGCACCAGCAACCACAGGAACCGACUAUUCGUAUAAUCUUAUUAAGUCGGAUCCUGAAACAUUUCUUGGUCAUGCAUGCUCAUCACAUCCGUUUGUUCGGCCUCAUUAUCCACAUUUUCCGUUUGCCAUGCAACCGAUGACAUCCGGUACACCAAGUGGUAACUAUCUCCAGAAUCCAAUUCAAUGCCAAUGGGUUGAACGUAAUAGGAUUUGUGGUCGAUUAUUUUACUCAAUUGAACAUAUCGUAUCCCAUUUGCAACACGAGCAUGUGGGUGUGUCAGAAAGCACUUUUCAUGUCUGUCAGUGGAAAGAUUGCUCAAGGAGGGGAAAAAUUUUUAAAGCAAAAUAUAAACUUGUUAAUCAUAUUCGGGUACAUACGGGUGAGAGACCAUUUCCAUGUACAAUGUGCUCAAAAGUUUUUGCAAGAAGUGAAAAUUUGAAAAUUCAUCAACGAACACAUACAGGUGAUAAGCCAUUUACCUGUACUCAUCCUGGUUGCGACCGUAAAUUUGCUAAUAGCAGCGAUCGUAAGAAACAUAUGCAUGUUCAUACAAAUGAUAAACCGUAUGAAUGUAAAAUUAAUGGUUGUCGCAAAUCAUAUACGCACCCUUCUUCACUUCGAAAGCAUUUAAAGGUACAUUGUAAAAGUGGACAAUGCUUAUCACCAGAUUUGGAUGAUAGUGGCGGUGAUAAUGGACAAACAAAUAUUAGCAAUGAUAAUGCUAAUACUUCUUCAACAAUAACACUACCUGGUCUCUCUUCUACAGAACAAUCAUUUCAAUUAGCUCAAGAUUCUCAUCGUUCAUUAUUUCUAAAUCCGAUCAAUCAACAAUGUUUUCCAAGGUUUUCAACAAAUAAUCCAACGAUGCAUGGUGGUUUUGUUGCGCCUAAUCCAUAUCAAACUUCAAACACAACAAUGAUGUCAACAAAUGGAAACUUUCAACUACCUGAUUUUAAUGUUUAUACACAUUUUUCAUCAAAAAUGUCCAUACCGUAA